AUGUUUGAAAAUGAUGAAAAUGUUAUUAAAUCAUUUUUAUUUGAUAUUCCUCUUAAUCGAUCCAAAGAUUUUUCUAAAACAUACGGUUUGAAAUAUGAAAAUGGAAAUAUACAUCGUUUAAAUAUUGUUAAUCAGAAAGUCAUUCCAUCUACAAUUUUUUGUUUAAAAUAUUUGAAACGAUUAUAUAUACAAAAUACAUGUCUUUAUUGUUGUAAUUGUCAACAAAUGAAUUUGAUCGAAUAUUUUCCACCGUCACUUACGGAAUUGAGUAUUAAAAAUACUAAGAUUACUCAUUUAUCAGAAUCAUUGGGUAAAUUAAUACAUUUACAAACAUUAAAAUUAUCAAAUGUUGGUCUUACAAGUCUCCCAAAUUCUAUUGGUAAUUUAUCUUCAUUAAAUAUGCUAUAUUUACCUUACAACAAUUUAACAUCAUUACCAAUUACUAUUAAAAAGCUUCAAUUAUUACAACAAAUAACAUUGAAAAAUAAUUCAUAUCUUCAUUCAGUGGAACAACUCAAUGGUCUUGAAUCUCUUGAAAUACUGGAUGUAAGGCAUUGUUCAAUUGAAAAUUUACCUCGUAAUUUACCACAAUUAAUCGAUUUAUAUAUGUCAAAUAAUAAUUUAAAAAACCUUAAUGGCAUUCAAACAUUAGGUUAUAGAACAAGUAGUAAAAAGUCGUUUUAUUUUGAUAUGAAUCAUAUUCGAUCUGUAUCACCAUUUAUUCGAAAUGUUAGAAAUCUUUAUCUGCUCAAACUUAAUGACAAUGAGUUGGAGACUUUACCACCAUAUAUUUCUGAUAUACGAUCACUUCGUAUUUUAUAUAUUGACAAAAAAUUUUAA